GUCACAAGCCCGAGAGAAUUGAUAGAAAUCUUACAUGGAAUAGGAUUUGUCCUCCCAAUACUUCUUAACAAAUGAAGAGAAAAUGGGAAUUAAAACUGAGGCAAAUUGAAGAGCGAGCAGCCUAUUAUGAGAAGAAACCUUUGUCCUCAGUGUAUAAACCAAGGUUGUCCAAGUCAGAAGAACCACCCUCCAUUUGGAAACUAUUUCAUCGACAAGCUCAAGCUUUUAAUUUUGUUAAAAGCUGUAAAGAGGAUGUUCACGUAUUUGCUCUGGAAUACAAAGGGAGCAAUGGACAACGUGUUUACCUUGUAACAACAUAUACUGAACUUUGGUUUUACUAUAAAUUCCGAAAAAAUCUCUUACACUGCUAUGAAGUCAUUCCUGAAAAUGCUGUAUGCAAGCUUUAUUUUGAUUUGGAAUUUAACAAACUUGCUAAUCCCGGAGCCAAUGGGAAAAAAAUGGUUGCAUUACUCAUUGAGCAUGUUUGUAAAGCACUUCAAGAAUUAUACAAGGUUAAUUGUUCAGCAGAAGAUGUUUUCAACUUGGAUUCUAGCACUGAUGAAAAAUUUAGCCGCCAUUUAAUAUUUCAGCUCCAUGAUGUGGCAUUUAAAGAUAAUGCUCAUGUAGGUAAUUUUGUGAGAAAGAUUUUGCAGCCUGCUUGUCACUUAAUUGCCUGUGAAGAUGACCAUAGGAUUCAAGGAACAACAGCCCAUGGAUUUUCCCCUUACUCUGAAACACCAGUCAGACAAGGAGUUUCCUUUAGCAAAAUAUCCACAGAUGAAGAUACAGACGAGAGCCAGACAUUGAGUUCAAAGAAACUGGAGAGGCUGGUGUCAGCUGAACAAAGCAAUUCUGAUCUUUCGUUUUUAGUUGUGAAGAAUAGCUUAGGAGAGAAGCAGCUUUUUGUCGACCUAGGCGUUUAUACAAGAAACAGAAACUUUCGACUGUAUAAAUCAUCAAAAAUAGGAAAGCUUGCAACUCUGGAGAUUGCUGAAGAUAACAGAUUUAUUCCUAAACAGUCUAAGAAUAUUUCUGAAGAAAAUCAGUAUUUCCUCUCCUCUCUGGUCAGCAAUGUCAGAUUCUCAGAUACUUUAAGAAUUCUUACAUCUGACACACCUCAGAUCAAACAAAAAGGAGUGGAGCACUGUAAUAGUGCUAACACUUCAGUAGAAAGCAUUGAAGGCUUUCAGUGUUCACCCUACCCUGAAAUUGAUCAAUUUGUUCUUUCUUUGGUGAAUAAAAAUGGCAUUAAAGGAGGAAUUCGGCGUUGGAACUACUUUUUCCCAGAAGAAUUAUUGGUUUAUGAUAUUUGUAAAUAUCGAUGGUGCGAAAACAUUGGAAGAGCCCACAAGAGUAACAAUAUCAUGAUUUUAGUUGAUCUGAAAAAUGAAAUUUGGUAUCAAAAAUGUCACGACCCUGUAUGCAAAGCAGAAAACUUCAAAUCUGACUGUUUUCCAUUACCUGCUGAAGUUUCUUUCCGAUUUCUUCUUAGAGAGGAAGAGGAGUUGAGAACAGAUGAAAUAACAAACAGUGAGGCCGAGAAUCUUCACAAACCACCAUCUAGUACACAGUCAAUAGAGGUCUCUUCUGAUGCCAGCUGGGAUGAUGGCACUGAUGAUACUUACUUUUUGGAAGCCACUGAAGAUGCUGAACUUGCUGAAGCUGCCGAGGUCAGUCUUCUCAAUUAUAAUAGUGGAAUGGAUGAAAUUCCUGAUGAACUAAUUAUAGAAGUAUUGCAAGAUGAAAAGAGUAGCUAAUUACGAACACUUACAGAACCAGGUAAUAACACAUUAAGUUC